CAGUCACUAGGUGUUAAAUAACACAAAACUGAUUGUGUGUAUGAGACCAUAGAUUCUUUUAGUUCACCAACUCAACAGUGAAUGAAAAGAAGCACAAAAAGCAUUUGAUUUGCUUGUUUGGUUAAAGAUUAGCCAAUACUUAGACUGCAAAGAUCAGUAACUGCACACAGUUUAUAAUCUGGAGAAGGUUAACAUAGACUGCAACCUUUGCACAGUGGCACUCCCACAUGACAGACACUCCGAAGAGGGAAAAAGCAACAAGAAACCAGACUUUUUAAAAUUAAAUAUCUUUCAGAAAAGACUCUGUGACGGACGAUGUCAAUAAUUGGGCAGAAGUAUGUUGGUCUGGUGCUAUUCUCAGUGGGAUGUUUGGUGGCUGUUAUACAAGCAACAAGUCCUUGUGAAAUCCUCAAUCAGGCCUCAGCAAUCUGCACUGGGAGGAAUCUUACAAAGGUGCCAGAAGAUCUUCCCGCCAAUUUAACUAGUUUGGAUUUAUCGGACAACUCAGUGGAUGCAACGGAUCGAGAAAACAAUAGGAGACUGCAGGCAUUCAGAAAUCUGGUCUUCCUCAAUCUUUCAAAUAAUCACAUGCCAACUUUGACCCCUGAGACCUUUAUCAAUCUGAAGAAGCUGAAGGUAAUGGAUCUGAGUCACUGCAAGAUUGGUUUGCUCCACCCCAAGGCUUUCAAAGGUCUUUUAAGUUUAAAGAUCCUGAUGCUGAACAAUAACAGAAUAAAGGAUUUGGCAACUCAGUUCCUCAGUGAUGGGCAGGAAUUGUCAAUGUUGAACCUGGCCAAUAACAAGCUGACCACAGUCACCAUCCAGUUGUUGGAGAAAUUUGAAAGAAUACGUGAAGUUCGACUACAAGGAAAUUCUUGGGUCUGUGACUGCAAUCUGUACCCACUACAGAAAUGGUUGAUGCUCCGCUUUGACCUUGCAGAAGACAUUCAGUGUAUGUCCCCGCCAGAGCUCCAGGGCAAGGAUUUGCUGAAUCUAGAUCUCUCAUCGGAGUCCUGCCCAGGAAAGUCCAAAAGAUUUCUUCGCCUUGCAAAUUCAAAUAUGUCAAAUUCCACGGUCACAGUUGUCACCAACCAGACUUCAGAUGCACCACAAACAGAAGGUGGCAAGGAGUGGUACUAUCUUGUCGGGGUUUUGGUCAUUGCUAUUGCCUUCUCAGCCUUGAUUGCAAUUGGUGCAAAAUUUAAACUCUUUCACAAAUACCUCACCAGCUACAGUCACCAGCUGCUACCAGAGCAUGACGCCAUCAGCCAAGACCACGACACAUUUAGUGCGAAUAUGCCACGCAGUAAUGAGAUGGAGAACAUCAGAGAUGGAACAAUGUAUCCUCAUGGUCUAGAUGAAGAUGAUGGAUACAUUGAGGACAAUUACAUUCAAACAGAAGUGAAAGCUGAAGAUGAACCGGAUAUACAUGUUUCCAUUUAAGAGGAACAUUCAACAGGGUGCACCUCAAACUCUAUCAAACUGCUCUGUUAUUCAGGGUAUGCACUAUUUUAAGAAAGGCCAACUUAUUUCUAACAAGACUCCCAGGUCUUUUCUUUCUCUUCAUUACAUGUGAUAGCCAAAGGUUAUUCCUGAAUGUCAUUGGAAAUGUUCUCUUUACUGUUCAUAAGAAAAACAAAUGUAAAUGUUGGAUUUAGGAAGAAAAAUAGAAAAUUCAGCAAACUGGCAACAGAUUCAUCAGCAUCAUAAUGAUGGAAAGGUCAAGUUAACAUUCUCAUGACCAAAAUAACCCUUUGCUUUAAUUUGUCCAUAUCUUUAAAAUGAUGCAAUGCCUGUACAUACUCCUCUCCCCAGAGAAUUGGUCAGAGAUCCAAACUCUUCCACAUUAAAUAGGAAUUCAAAAAUACUCCCUCCAAUUGAGACAUAUAUUAUUUGCUGAAGACCUCUGUAUGAUGAGGAGAGCGAGAACUGCACAAUUGGAUGACUGCACUUUUGAACGGAAGGCAAAAUUGUGAGAUUUAUCUUUGAGGGAAAAUCUGGAAGUGUAGCAAUAUAAAAUUGAAAUAGUGUGGAAAGUACCAGUAGUGAAGAGAAUAAAAGACCAAAAUGUGUGUCUGCUAAAGUAUGAGGUGUGAGACAUGAAACUAGGGAAAGGAAAAAAAAUUGCAGUAAAAUACCUAAUCCAAUCAUAGCCAAAGUGUCUCAAUAAAUUGCUUAUCUUCAAUAUCCUGCUCAUAUUGAGAGGCCUGGAUCGAGUGCAUGUGAAGAAAAGCAUACAAUGUUGAAUACUCCUGAUUAAUGAUUCGAAACUGGUUAGCAACAGGAAGAAUGGAAAAAUGCAGAUUAAAAAGAAGUUUCUAUUUGUGGUAGAAGCUAAAUAAAUACCUUAAAUGUAAAAAAAAGUGAAUUCAGGAGAAUCUUCUUUCCUCAAAGCAAUGUUUUCAACAGUGAACCCUAUGCAAUUCUAAAGGGUUUGAUAGAAUUUUCACAUCAGUUGAAUAUUGUACCAAUUUGUUCAAUUUUUCAAGAUUUUUUAUUAUUUUUUAAGAGUAAAUAAUCAUUCAUUCCAUAGUGUUUAAGAAGACAGCUCACUAUCACCUUCUCAAAGUUAUUAGGGACAGGCAACAAAUGCUGGCUUAGCCAGUGCUGCCCACAUCCCAUGAAAGAAUAAAACAUAUACAGGGGGAGGGAAGGUCGGAGUGAGGGUUAGAGAUCCACAGAAUUUCACAAGAGAAUGUUAAGCAUGUGGAACUGUGAGAUCACAGAGUGAGGGAGCAUUGCUUUGAUGUGUUGAAGCAGCUUCACUCUUCAGUUGAUCUGGUCUGUGGUGAGGGACAGUGGAGUGUGAUUGUAAGUGAGACACAUAAGGGAAUCCAAGGAGUAGUAAAGAUGAAUAAAAUAGAUGGAUUUAAAAGGAAACUGGAAAGCACACGAGUGAGAAAGGAACAGAAAGCAACAUGCAUAGAGUUUAAGUGAAACACAAAGAGAGGAACUCACAUUCAGCAUAAACAUUAGCAAAUUGCCCACAGUGAAUGGUUCUGCACUGUAAAUUCUGUGUAACAUUAAUGCAGAGAAGGAAUCUACAGGGUCAGAGGUUGGUGGGAGUUGAGCAAACUAAUAUAGAAUGAGAGAUGAUUUAACAUAGCCAAAUUGGAAGAAAAAGUUAACGGAUAAUCAGAGGAACAAUAAUGGAAAAUAUUUGAGUGUGAGGUUGGUGCAGUUUAGCACAGCAGCACUCAUAUCAAGUUACAGGGUUUCCGGACUGUGGGAAAGUGCAUACACCCCUACAAUGGAAACUGAAUGGCAUGUAAAGUGCUUAAGGGAAACAAGAUAUGGAUGAAUGGUUGAAAAGAUAGAGAGCUGAACAUUUCCAGAAUUUAUUUCAGCUUGACAACAGAUAACAGUUUUUUACUUUUUGAUUAUUAUGGAGUAGGGCCACUCAAAAUAUGAGCAUGGUAAAAUUACUCAGCAGGCAAUAUUCCUCCACGUGUACAUCAACAACAUCAUUACUGUCAUAAAAAACUUCACAAGCUUAUUCAGAAAAUUGUGAUCAAGAGUAUAAGGACCAUUACAAAUGCAUCACAGUGAUUGUCAGUGAAAGUAAAGAAAUGGCAGACAUAUUGAAUCAUUGUUUUUUUGUCAGUAGUUACAGUAUAACAGCACAUCAGACAUCUCCAGGAAACUACGUUUGAAAUAGAUAUAUAGUCUCACCAACAUUAUCAAAAGCAAUAUAACAGUAAUGAAGACCCAGUAACACCCAUUAGUUGAUAUGGUCAGUGGUUAAGGACAACAGUGUAACUGCAAGUAAGGCAUCUAAGGAGACCCAAAGGUUUGGUGUUCAGCCUUUGCAAUUGUUCAUCAGGUUUAAGGUUCUUUCAGUUUGUUUGGAUGGGAGUGAGGGCUGCAGGGUGGAUUGUUUCCUGAUGAAGGCUUUUGCUCGAAACAUCGAUUUUCCUGCUCCUCAGAUGCUGCCUGAACUGCUGUGCUUUUGCAGCACUACUCUAAUCUCCAGCAUCUGCAGUACCCACUUUCGCCUGCGGGGUGGAUAGCAAACUGACCAUGGUAAAGGAAGCUGUUCAAAGGGAGGGAACAAAAACGAAUGCGGCACUAAGUAGGGAGAGUAUAGUGAGAGGUGAUUGACACCGCUGUCUAUACAACUAGGAGAAAACCACAUAGUCUGCUGCCUGCUCAGUGCUAUGAUUCAGGCCAACUGCUCAGGGUUAAGGGGACCUUGCAGUGGAAUAAUGAUGAUCCAGUCAUCAUUCCAUGGAGGUGCCAACAACAUAGGGAAGACAAGGAAAGAAGUCAGUACAAGGAGCUACGCACCAAAUUUUAAAAAAGUAGAACCUCAAAGAUAAUAAACACUGGAUUGUUACCUGAGCCACAUGCUAAUUGACACAACAUACAUAAAAUUAAAAAAUUCCAAAUGGGGAUCAAGACUUGCGUGGGAGGAAUGGUUUCCAAUUUGUGAGCGCUGGAAACAGUACAAAGAAAUUUGGGAUAAGACUGUAAGGGCAUAAAGCAAAAGUGCAGAAGUAGGUCAUUCAGCCCAUUGAGUCUGCUGUGCUAUUCAACAAGACCAUGGAUGAUCAGACAACCUGAUCAAUCCACUUUUCUGCCUUUUUUCCAUAACCCUUGAUUCCCUGAUAGGAGGGAUAGACAGUUCACAUCUCCUAGCAAAUCAACAGAUAAGGUAAAAGAUUACAAAAAUAAUAAAAGGAUUAAACUAAUAGUCCUAUUGUGAUGGGCCAAAAUAAACCCCCUUCAAAUAUAUCAAGGAAGUAACCUAGAGCCUAAUUUGUAUCUUAUUUAAAGGCAAGCGUAAGGCACCGUGUUCUGGAUGUAACUCAAUUGGUUUCACGAUUCAGCUUUCAGCAAAAUACACUUUAUUCUUACUCUACAGUUAAAUACAAAGACAAGAAAGAAGAAAUGAUGUAACUUUAACUUGAUAGGAAAAUUUAAAAGAAUAAUAGAUUAUUUAACUACUAAACAGUGACUGUUCCAAUUUAGUAAUACUUCAUAUUUAUGAGUGGCAUGGUGGCUCAGUGGUUAGCACUGCUGCCUCACAGCACCAGGGUUCUGGGUUUGAUUCCCGCCU